GGAGCCGCCGCCGCCCCUGCGGCGCGGGCUGGGCCUCGUUGCCUCGUGAGGCGUCAUGGCGGCGGGCCCUGCCCUCAGGUGCGGCCGGCGGAGCCGGGCCGGCCUCGGCUCCCUGGCGUGAGGAGCGCUGUGAGGGAACCUCGGGCGUUGCUGGCCGUGUCUCGGUGCCUUUGCUGCCCGCGAGGCAGGGUGAGAAGUUUCACACGUUUUCAGAAGAAUCGGGAUUCUGUGAUGGAGCCCUCUCCGUGCCCAGCAGGACGAGCUGGGCGCUGGGCCGGGCUGCCCAGGGUGUCCCACAGAGCACCGCCGGGCCGGGGCUGAGGCAGCAGAGCUGUGGCUGCGUGCCCUGCUCCUGGGCCUUCGGACAGACCUAACUAAACACGUCUGCCUUGUGCAGGAACCCGUGUCAAUAAACGACAUUUUCCAGAUGAUUAGUGCAGGAUGGAUAAGAAGAAAAUUCUGAUGAAAUCCAAGGUUGCUGCUCCUAACCUCCUGAGGGCCCUGCAUUCCCUGUACCAGUUGGGUCAUCUCUGCGAUGUGACAGUUCACACGCAGUAUCUAGGAACUCAGGAGGAGUUUCUGGUUCACAAAGCUGUCUUGGCAGCUUCCAGCAAUUAUUUCAAAGGACUUUUCCUGCAUGAUGAGAUGCUGGACACCAAGAAUUGCACGGUGACUCUACAAGACAUCUGCAUGGAAGAGUUCACCUCUUUUCUGGAGUUCGUAUACACCGCAGAAGUAGAGAUUGAAGCGGAAAAACUGCAGCGAAUGAAGGAAAUAGCCGAAAGACUUGAGUGCAAGGAUUUGCUUGACGUUUGUGAAGAAGUGAGAGCAGAGGGCAAGAAGGGCUUAGAGUUGAGCCUCCCUCAGCCAUGCGAAAAUGGUGGAGCACAGUGGCCUCGCAUCCAGCAAGAAGAGGACCGCAGAGGGAGCAGCUCUUCCCAAGUGAUGGCAGUACCCAUGCAGGGGAAACUUUGGGACAGGCCAAAACAUAAAAAGCUGCUGGCUGGUUAUGAGCUUGUUGAAGGCCAGCCAGCAAGUCUGGAGCAGCAGGGCACUGCCUUUCCAGAACCAAAAUCCAGGACAGCAAAGCCACCAAAAUGUAACAAGACAGACACCAACAGCAGCCUCGGCACGGGUGUCAUUAUUCCGGAGCACAGUAGUCAUUCUCCUGUAACUCAGACCGAGUCAAAGGAAGCCUGUGUAGUGAUUAGCAGUACGCUGCCUGAGCAGUGGGAAGAUGAAAAUGGUUUAACUUCCAAACUUAGCAGUAAAACAGAACGUAGGAAAUCACCGCGGCAUGUGGCCAAAGUCUUGCCGCAGAUGGCAUGCGAGAAGUGCAACGCAUCGUUCCGCGUUACCGAGCACUACCAGUCACACAUGGAGCUCAAGCACGAUGUGCAUCUUGCUGUCAAGUACAGCUGCAGCGUGUGCCAGCAGCUCUUCUCCAGCCACCAAAACCUCAGGCAGCAUCACCUCACCACUCACAGUGAGGAGCGGGGCUUUUCCUGCCUCUUAUGUGACAAGAGGUUUAAGCGCCAGAAGGACAUAAAUGACCAUGUCCGGAGGGUACACGAGAAGAAGCGGGACCCGCAGGCGUGCCCGUACUGUGACAAGGUCAUCAGCUCCAAGUGUGGCCUGACGGUCCACAUACGAACGCACACAGGGGAGAAACCGUACAAAUGUGAGCGCUGCCCUGCCAGCUUUGCUCAGAGGUCUACUUACAACACCCACGUCAGAAAAAUCCAUGAAUCUGGGCAAGAGAGGAAACUUUUGCCGGUCUACUGGAUGGUAGUUCCGCCUGCACGCAGACCAAGUGCAGCUGGUGGCAGCAAAGACCCUGAGAGGGAGACGUGGGAUGGGGCCUCAGAGGCUGAACUACAGAAGUGUGCUGUGCUCAAAGAGGCUGCAAGCCAUGAGGAGGAACCUGCUCCCAAGGCAGACAGUAGCAGUGAGCAAGAACGGAAGCAGAAGUAUAAGGAAGCUGAAGCAAGAAGGGAAAAACCGAGUGAAGAAGGGAAUGAAGUUGAAGGUGAAAUGAGUGUGAAGGGAGAGGAGGAGGUAGAUUACGAAGCAGGGUAUUCAGAAGUUGAAGAUGAUAAUGAGGUUGCCUGUGCUGAGGGCGAUGAGGAUGAAGAACGCUCUAAUGAGAAGGAUGCUGAAGAACGUGAAUCAGACAAAGACUUUAAAAUGAAGAAGGUAAAUAAAAGUGGGGUGAAUAAGAAAUCUGCCUAUGUAAUAACAUGUGAUAAGUGUAAUGAGCAGUUCGUUUCCCGGAAAAAAUAUGUGGAUCACUGCAGAGAUGUCCAUCAGUGCUUGCCUGGCAAAGUCUAUCAGUGUGAUGUCUGCAGCAAGUCAUUUGCUAGCUACAACAGCUGGAAGGAGCAUCGAGCUUGUGUCCACAGUGAAGAAAGGCGGUUUGCCUGCACCCUUUGCAAUGCCACUUUUAAAAGAAAGAGAGAUGUGAGGACGCAUUAUAUGCGGAAGCAUGAAGGCAGAGUCAAACGCCCUCUCUGCUCCGUCUGUGGGAAGAUCCUCAGCUCCCAAACAGCGCUGGUGUUUCAUAUGCGGACGCACACAGGAGAAAAGCCGUACGAAUGUGGCAUUUGUCAUUCAAAGUUUGCUCAGCCGUCACAACUUAAGAUCCAUACCAGGUCCCAUACAGGGGAAAAGCCAUACAUUUGUGAAGACUGCGGGGCUUGCUUUGCCGAUAAAGGGAAACUCACUGGCCACAAAAGGACACAUACAGGAGAGCGCCUCUUUAAGUGCGAUGUAUGCGGAAAACACUUUGCCACCAAUGAAUACCUAAAAUGCCAUAAACGAUGCCACAUGGGUGCGAAGCCAUACAAGUGUGAGGUUUGUGGGAAGACGUUCGGCUUGCGAGCCUCGCUAGCUCAGCACAGCAACGUCCAUGCAGAGACCCGUCCGUACUUCUGUGAGCAGUGCGGGAAAACGUUCACCCAGCAGGGCGCCCUGCGGCGCCACGAGCGCAUCCACACCGGGGAGAAGCCGUACAAGUGCCGGGCAUGCGAGAGAGCCUUCACGGACAUGUCCACGCUGCGGAGACACGUGGCGCCUUUUGCAGAGAGCAGCAAGAUGGAAAGCAAUGCGGUUCUCCUUGAGUCCAAGUCUUCUCCCAUCAACCUGCUGAAUGAGAUGCAUCAGCUGCGCCUCCUGGGCCACCUCUGUGACGUGACGGUCAGCGUGGAGUACCAGGGCGUCAGGGCAGAGUUCGUGGCUCACAAGGCUGUGCUGGCAGCAACCAGUAAGUUCUUCAAGGAAGUGUUCCUUAACGAGAAGAGCGUGGACGGCCCGAGAACCAAUGUCUUCUUGAAUGAGGUCCAGGUUGCUGACUUUGCUUCGUUUCUGGAGUUUGUCUAUACUGCUAAGGUAGAGGUGGAAGAGGACAGAGUGCAGCGGAUGCUUGAGAUAGCCGAAAAGCUAAAGUGCUUGGACCUAUCAGAAACCUGCUUUCAACUGAAGAAGCAGAUGCUUGAGUCGGUGCUUUUGGAGCUGCAAAACUUCUCUGAAUCACAGAACUCUGAGGAAGAGAGUGCAGCCCAGGUGAGCGUUUUGCACGAGUCCAAAGCAGCUGCUGUGGCAGAAGCUGACCGGGCAGACCAUCCUCUGGAUCCUCCGGAUUCCCCAGCAGACAAGCCCAGAAACGGAGUGCCCCCUGAGGUGCCGGCUGCCAAAUCAAAAGAGAAAAUGGACAAAAAGAAGGAAACGAUGAAACCUCCUUAUGCCAAAAUCAGGAGGGCGAGCGGGAGGCUGGCUGGGAGGAAAGUAUUUGUGGAAAUCCCGAAGAAGAAGUACACGAGGCGGCUGAGGGAGCAGCAGAAGAGCGCUGAGGGUGCUGCAGAAGAGGACAGCUACCCACAAGACCCGGAGGUGUGUGACAGGGAGAGGGAGGAGGAGCAGGCGCAGAACGCCAUCAAACCUGAAAGUGAAGAAUGCGAUGGCAACUUCGAAUCGGAGGAAAACCUGAACAAAUCCGAAGAGGAUAAAAAGAAACGAGGCAGUAACUUCAAGUGCAGCACGUGUGAGAAGGAAUUCCUGUACGAGAAGAGUUUCCUCAAGCACAUCAAACACAGCCACGGCAUCGCAGCCGAAAUUAUUUAUCGGUGUGACACCUGCAGUCAGACCUUUGCCAACCGGUGCAACCUAAAAAGCCAUCAGCGCCAUGUCCACAGCAGCGAGCGCCACUUCCCUUGUGAGCUCUGCGGUAAGAAGUUCAAGAGGAAGAAGGACGUCAAGAGGCACAUUCUCCAGGUUCAUGAGGGUGGUGGGGAGCGUCAUCAGUGCCAGCAGUGUGGAAAGGGGUUGAGCUCCAAAACUGCCUUGAGGCUCCAUGAAAGGACGCAUACAGGCGACAAGCCUUAUGGGUGCACAGAGUGUGAGGCUAAAUUUUCUCAGCCUUCAGCACUUAAAACACACAUGAGAAUCCAUACUGGUGAAAAACCUUUUGUCUGUGAUGAGUGUGGUGCCAGGUUCACUCAGAAUCACAUGCUAAUAUAUCACAAACGAUGUCACACAGGAGAAAGGCCUUUUAUGUGCGAAACGUGUGGGAAGAGCUUUGCCUCCAAGGAGUACUUGAAGCACCAUAACAGAAUCCAUACUGGAUCCAAACCGUUUAAAUGUGAAGUCUGCUUCAGAACAUUUGCACAGAGGAACUCGCUUUACCAGCAUAUAAAGGUUCACACAGGCGAGCGGCCCUACUGCUGUGACCAGUGCGGGAAGCAGUUCACCCAGCUCAACGCGCUGCAGCGGCACCACCGCAUACACACUGGGGAGAAGCCGUUCAUGUGCAACGCGUGCGGGCGAACCUUCACGGACAAGUCCACCCUCCGGCGGCACACGUCGAUACACGAUAAAAACACACCGUGGAAGUCCUUCCUCGUCAUUGUUGAAGGAGCAUCUAAGAACGAUGAAGGUCACAAAACAGAACUCCCAGAUGAAGACUAUGACGUGUCACCUAAAAUGCCAGAGAAGCUGCUGUCUUUCUCGGAAAAUGGCCACUAUCAAAGCUUGGCUGCUGUCCCAGGGAGCGUGACUGCACUGCAUGACAGCGGGUCUGCACCAGGGACAGACUGUAAGUCAGAUGGGACUCCCGGACCUCAGGAAGCCCUUAUAGCUACCACCCUAAGUGAGCUGACAGUACUGCAUACACAGACAGACUCUAUUCAGCCACAGCUUCAUGCUCUGGUGAAUAUGGAAUAAGUUGGCGUUACAAAUCCAGUUCAAGCUGUGCGCUUUGUAUAGUCCUUUGACUUUGCCAAUAACCUGCUGAGGGAACUAGGAGAAGCUACGAAAAGGAAGCAGGGCUAAAAAUGAAUGGCAUAUGCUGGAUUACCAGAAUUUCCUUUAAAAAAAAUUAUUCACUUCCAAUGCGUACAGCUCUAUCCCCUGCAGGUAGGGUAGAGUAACACCAAAUCCAGUUUGGUUUCAUCAACUGGAUUAAGUUUGUUCUCUGCAGCUAAACGAAGGCUGGAGGUAGGUGCAGUUCAGCGUUAGCUGCCCUGCAGUGAAGAUACCUACAUUCAGAUAGGCUAUAAGGAAGGUGCAAGUUUGAUUUGCAGCUGGUUUGAUUACAUGUGUACAAUCAAGAGAAAUGAUGUGGUGUUUCUCAGCCUGGUAGCUAAGCGAUAUAAGCUGCCUUUUCCCUAGUGGAAAUACUUACAUAAAUUAAGUUUUGCUAAAUUGCAUUUCAGGAAAUGUUGGUUUCUCUUUGCUUUCUCCAAAGAGCCAAGCAGUAAGCCAGCUCGCUCCUCAGGACUGUGAGUGGGAGCAAGCUUUGGAAAGAUCUGGAGUUCCAGAAGUCGCGAUUCUCUAGUUGCAAAAUAGGCAAGUGGAAGCCCAGUGCUGUGUCUGUACAGGUGGUGGUAUUAUUUUUACUUUACAGUGAAACUUGGUGCAGUUUGACACUAGUAUUCAGCCAGACAGUCUUUAUCUUCCAGCUGCUCCAGUUUACAGAAAACUUGGCUAUUGAGAGAACAAAUUCUCUUUUGUAAAAAUGUUUAUGAAAAAUGGUACUUGAGCUCUACUGGAAAAGCCAGCGUAACGAAGCCCCUUGUAGAAAGACAGCUUACUGGCUUUUUCCUGUUGAAUUGUACCUAAGCUCUUUGCUGCUGGUCCAGUUACGUCAGCAAUGCUCUUUUCUCCACCAUCACUUAAGCAUUGCUGUUGUGCAGAACUGCAGACCUCCUUGUAAAUUAAGUAAAAUUCUGGUGGGAAAAGUUCAUUACUGUUUGCUGACAAGUUGCUACAGCUAAUUCCACUAGUACAAGUCUCCUGAGGUAAAUUCAGUUGCAAAUGGGAGGGAGCCAGCGUUCCUAUGACAAAUGGCAUUAACACAUGCGAAUAAGUGAACUAUGUUCAAGGCAAUUAGGCCUUGAUUUCCCAGAUUCCAAAUACCUUGUUUGUAAGCUUAUGUUGGAAUCUGAAGGGCAGUUUUAGGCUGAUAUUUGUUUAACUUGUCCGAAGUUAGCUCUUAAGGGGCAGACAUUAAAAACAUAGGUGAUAAAUAAAGUUGCAGCUCAAAGGGCUUUUCCUAAUUAUUAAAAUGUAGCAGCAAUUUCUAGAGUCGUGACAAGGUGCCUAAUAAGGAACGUGACACAGUGAGCACAGGGACUGAGGGUCACAAAUAUGCUUUCUGUUCAGCCCGCAUGCUUAAAACCUCUACUUCCCACAGCCUGCUCCAACACCCGCUGCGUUUGGAUUCCACCACCACCAGUCACUAUGAGAAUCGUGCUUCAAUUUGGGCAUGUCUUACCAAGACAGCAAGAUCUUUCUUUAAGUAUCUCCUCCUCUUCCCCAAGGAGUACAGCCCUGGGCUCUCUCCCAUCAUGUCCAAUAGCUGGGAAAAACUGAGAGUUUCUGUCCAGGGUAAGCAUGUUCUGUGUUUCCAGAUGCUUGGAUGUCUGUGCCAACACAGAAGCUGAACUGAAAUUAAAGUUAAUUUGUCUGACCUCAGAUUAACCUCACUGGAGUGCUCUGGAAGAGUGGGGGGGAUAUUUUCCAUGUGCAGGGAUGGAAACUUGAAAACAGCUGGCACUGACAAAGAACCGUUUUACUGGGAUGAUUCUGAUUUUUGGAAGAAGCUGUGAAUCAAAGGCAAUUUGCUGGUAUGGUUAACUCUUCCAACUCAGAACCAGAUUCCCAGUGCCCCCAUGUUAAAAAUCUGGAGCUCUCCUAAUUCAUUUUUCUGGUUUGCUAUCCUGUUUCUCUUUAUUUUAAUAUCAAUAUAGUAUUUCCACAGACGCUUUCUCAUCUGAAGCUGUGAGAAAAACUUUCUGAAAGAUUACAGUAGUGUAAAGGUAAGCACAAUCAAGCCUUAUUAGGGCUCAUAUUAAGGCUUAGGGGUUGGCAAAGCAAUAAAGAUAUCCAAACUGUGGCAGAGAGCUAUUUUUGAACCUUAAAGGGAUGUCUGAUGUUUCCAUAGAAUCCUAACUUAAUCUAUAGAAAGGGAUUUUUUUUUUUAAGAGAACAUUUCCAAGAGGCUAUAUUUGAAAUAUUUAUUCAAGCACGAUGUCCUGUUGAAGCUCAGUAUUCCCAGUGACCAAUGUAAAAGUUUGUAGAUAUAUUUAAAGUCUGAGCAUUAGUCUCUGUAGCCGGGGAAACUUUUGUACUCCAUGAAUGUACAGAAGUGAGUUACUCAUAUGAAUUGUUCUUAUUAAAAUAUUUGAAAUCUUAACACUGACCUUCCACUGACUUGGUUACUGUAUAAAAUGUUUCUAUACCUUGCACAUAAGGUGUAAAUCUCUGCUGCUGUAAGUGUUGCACGGCUGUCUGCCCUACCAGUGAUGGGGUAAGUCAUAACCUGGCUCUGCUGCAGGUGCUGGGUGCUACUCUUCUUCCUCCAGCCUGGCACCCUGCAAGAGAUGCCCCGCUGCUUUAGAGCAGCACCUGAGGGGCUACACCUUACCUCUCCAUGCCUCGGGCUGCGUGUCCUGGCCCUUAACUUGAGCUAAGCCUUAGGACUGGAUCCUGAAAAAAUAGUAAGUGUGACGCUUUGGGACAUUUCCUAUAUGCUGCAAGUGAUGUACCACAAGUGACUAAGUGGUGUAACAAGCUCACACACUUGCCUGUGAGCAUCCACCCUUAGCACAGUGCCUUAAAAGGUCAUCAAACAAAACAAAGAGCAGCGUUGCACACAUGGGCUUUUAUUAUCACACCCUACCGUGUUACCUCAGGCUCUAGCUUCAUAGCUUGCCUUUUGCAUUUUCCAGUAAAGGACAUUUAUCGCUACUUCUGUUCAUGAUUUUCACUUUAUUAACGUACAGAUUCACACAAAACGUUAUAUUCUUGCUAAGGCCAUUUCAUUAAUAAGUGUUCAUAGUAGAGAGUGUGUACCGGGGGGGGGGGGGGUGGAAAUACAGGAGAUUGGCAGAUCGUCAUUUUAAAACUGUCACAAUUUACCACUGCUAUACUGGAGGACAUGCUGAAGUAACAUACAGAGGUAACAUACAGAAGUAACAAUUGUAUUCUAAUGAUAUUUACUCCAGAGCACAGUAACAGACCACAUAACCCCAUGGGUACGGUCUUCUGAUCCACCAGCAUCUUGCCACAGCUGUGCACAAUAC